AUGUCCUUAUCAUACGAAGAACAACGUCUACAGAAUAUCAAGGACAAUGAAGCGCUCCUCCUCUCACUCGGCCUCGCACCGCCUGCCGCGCCCAAACCCAAGACGCUCGCUCGUCCCAGGGCCAAGGACUUGAACAAGCUCAAGAAAAGCACCGACGACGCGUACGUCGACAAGGGUGAAAACCAAGACAGCGAGUCCGAGUCCGAACCCGAGUCCAGGUGUAGAUCCAAGAGGGCCAAGCCCAACAAGUCCAAAGAGGACAACACCCCUUGUCGUCGCAGCACGCGCCAAUCCAUUGCGCCCGUCCGACAUGUCGCGCUGUCGGAUGGCGAUUAUGACGACAACACCGACAGUGACGACGAAGACAAGGGCAAAAGGCCAUACACGCCAUCUGCGUACUGUCGCGGGUCUGAACCUCAGCGCUUCGCCCAGCGUCUUGGCGUGCGCACACAGGACCCCAAGCAGUUUGGACACAUCCCUGGCGUCAAGGUGGGCACAUGGUGGGAGUCCCGCAUGGACUGCUCGACAGCUGCCGUCCACGGGCCACCUGUCGCAGGCAUCAGCGGCAAUUACGAAAAGGGAGCUUGGAGCGUCGCACUUUCUGGCGGCUACCCCGACGAUGUCGACCUCGGCGAAGCCUUCACUUACACUGGCUCUGGUGGCCGCGACCUGAAAGGCACCUCCACCGCUCCCAAGAACUUGCGUACCGCGCCCCAAACAUUUGACCAGAGCUUCGAGACCCCCACCAAUGCUGCGCUCAAGAAGUCGGCCGAGACCCACAAGCCCGUCCGCGUGAUUCGCGGUUUCAAGCUCGACUCUCCUUACGCUCCUGUCCAGGGCUAUCGCUACGAUGGACUGUACGUCGUUGAGCGCGCGUGGAUGGCCCCCGGUCUCACGAAGGGUCUCAAGGUGUGCCGUUACGCGUUCAAGCGCGUGGCCGGUCAGCCUCCUCUCCCUGUCCGGGGCGAUGAGGAGGAGGAGGAGGAGGAGGAGGAGGAGGAAGAGGAGGAAGUGGUGGAAGAUGAGGAAGUGGCGGAAGAUGAGGAGAGGGGUGAGGAUGCGGACCAGGAGGCUCGAGAGCCCAAUGGUGAGCAGAGCGAGGAAGAGGAGGUUCAGCCGCCGCCAAAGCAGUCCAAGAGGAACCGUCUGAGCGUGGUUAUGCCCACCCGCAACGCCAUUGAGAGCGAAGAAGAGGAGGAGGAGGAGGAGGAGGAAGUCCAGCCCGAGCCGAAAAAGUCGAAAAGGAACCGCCUCAGCGUUGUCAUGCCCACCCGCAACACAGUCAAAACCGAUGAUGAGACUGCCUCGCCUGAACCCAACAACAAAAGCAGGAACCGUGUCAGCGUGGUCAUUCCCAUCCGUAGCGGCAGGUCGAGCGCCAAUGCUACUCCCAACGUCAAGUCGACUCCCAAGGGCAACAGCAAGGUCCCCAGUACCCCCUCCAAGAACGAGUCGCCAGCUCGCCCUACGCGUAGCCGCCGUUCCAGCAUGAAGGCGUAG